GGUAAAAUGUUCACUUUUAAAAAAAUGUUCAACUCGCUGUAACUUUUCGAAAAGGGCAUCAAAUAUUCUCAAAUUUUUACUGUAAGUUCAUCAACUAGUUGUGUAUCAGUGGUUCGAAUUUGAAAAAGAUCGAGCCAUUCUACACGAAGUUAUAAAGAUUCUAGAAAAAGGUAUAAUUAUCCGAUAGCCAACUUUGAGCUGUUAUAUCUCCGGAUUCAGUGAACCGAAUGCAAUGAAAUUUUGACCAUUCAAGGAUUCUAAAGUAGCUCCCGAAAAAAAAACCGGAAGAAGUUCGUGGAGAUACUCCGGGAAGAAUCUCGUAUGAAAUUCCAAGAAUAAAUCCUUACGGAUUGUUGCAAGGAGUUUUUCAAGGAAUCUCGGUAAGAAUUUCUGAUACAAUUGCCGAAAGAACUCCUAGAGAAAUUUUGUGUGAAGUUGCUAUAAUUUCCAGGAAUACCAUCUGGAAGCCCAUAAAAAUAAAUCCAGAGACAUCCUAAAAGAAACUAAAUUCGGAAUAUCUCGGAUGAAAUUCCUGGAGGAUUCCGGGGACUUCUUGAGAAAUUCUGGAAGAAAUCUCUUGAAGUCCGAACGUAAACAAAAAGGUCACAAAACAUCAAAAAUUUAGAAAAAAAUAUUCUGUAGGCAAUCGCGGCUUGCAUUGCCCUAUAGGCUGUACCAAUUCAAUUGUUUCUGGAUGAACCGGAAUUGUGGGAUUCAGGGAAAGACAUUUCGCUUUCUUGCUUUCUUCAAGUUUCAAGUUUCUUUCAGUUCCGAAAUUCCUCUAGGUGUUGGUUCCGUCCGAGAUUUCUCCUGGAAUUCUUUCUGGGAUUCCUUUGGGAUUCUUCCAGGAGUUUCUUCUGCGAUUCUUAAUGAGAUUCCAGGGUCUCUUUCAGAGAUUUCUUCAGAGAUUCCUUCCAAAAUUUUACCAAGAAUUUCUUCUGUAAUAUUUUCGGGACUUCCAGGACUUCUUCAGGAAUUUCUUCCUGAAUACCUCCAGGAAUUUUGUUCCGCGAUUUCUCCAUGAGUUCAUUCCAAGAUUCCUCCAGAAAUUCAUUCCAAGAUUCCUACAGGAAUUCUUUCUAAGAUUCAUCAAAUAAUGUUUACUUGAAUUCCUCCAAGAAUUCCGGGAUUCCUCCAAGAGCUCCGGGAUACCUCAAGGAAUCACUUCUCGUAAAAAAAAAUAAACUCUUGGAGGUGUCCUAGAAGGAACAAUGUUCAGAAGAUUUUGAAAAUAUCACGGCAAUAAAUAUUGCAGGAGAAAAUACUUCUAGAAUGUUUCUAUAACAAGACAUAACUGAUCUAGAUCGAUUUAAUUAUAUCUAGACCAGUGUGGAUGGUUCUAAAAGAUAAUUCAAAUAAAAUCAAUAUAAGUUCCCAGAGGCGAGAUGCCUCUACGAAGCAUCCCUAAAGCACAAGAAGAUUUUUCCAAUAAAGAUAGGAUCCUAAACAAGCAAAAUUACGUAAUUAAUAAACGGACCCUUAGGCCACAUGUAAUUUUUUGGCAAUCCUGACGUUCUAGAAAUAACAUUCUUUGAUUUGAAAAUGAAAUUUGAAAUAAAAAUUUGUGAUUCGAUAGUACGUAUACUAAACGAAGCGGUGGUGUACGUACUAUCGAGGUAUGCCUGUAACUGCAUAUGUAAUGCAGAUUUUCCUGUUUUUCUACGACUCCAGUUUCAUAUUUGAGAAGCAUUUCAUUUCAACUUAACAUGGUUUUCGAGAUUCUUCGGUUUCAGAUGUCCAAAAUUCAAUGUGGACAAGCUUUUUGACAGGUGCGAAUUUAAACCAUUGAUUGAUUGAUUGAUUUAUCUUUAUUUGAGAGACUUUCAGCCCUUGGCUGGUUCGUUUUUGAAUUUAAACCAGUGUCUCGUACUUAACUCGACUUUAAACCGAGGUAUUCAAUAAGGAAUUGAUCAGCACAGUAUAUAACUCAAUUUUCUUAUAUUUACAAUAAGCAUGUUCCAUCAACCAACAAUUAUUGCUUUGAAUGUUAGUUAUCCGUUUACUUAUUGUUACAGCAGUGAUUUUUUUUUAACAGCUGCUCUGUAAUCCAAAUCUAGAUGAACUGAGUUCAACAAACCUCAACAUGAGGUACGACCAUGCAACUUAAACUUCCGAAACAAUUAAAAGGUGGCAAUCCUGCCUACCCUUUGAUGUAGCUGAGAUGAUAAAGCGACCAUAAACGAAGCAGAGUGUUAAAAAUGAUAAAAACCGGAGAUUCAUGUCUCUUUUUUACCGUUAGAAACCUAAAUGACGUGAGCAGGUUAAACCGAGAAUCAACAGUGUCAAAGCAGCAAAUUUAAUGGCUGUAAAUAAUGGACGUGGAUGUGUAUAAAAGAUCUUAACCGAUGUCAGUUUUCCAGUAUUAUUUGGUGAACGUUAGGGAGCGGAGCAACGAAAAUAUGUAUAGUCUAGCUUUUCUGGUGAUAUUAGGUCUUAGUACCGUUAGUGGCUAUUUGCCUCCGUCCAUGAGUGUUUGCAAUCGAGAUGCUCCCGAUUUGGAUAAGUGCGUUCUGGCCGUAGUGGAGAAAAUGCGAGCACACAUCGUUUCCGGCGAUUACGGAAACGGAACCAAGUUGCCAAGUUUGGAUCCGCUCUACAUGGAGCGGUUAGAUAUUGACGAUGGAACAAACCUGCAAGCAACGUUUCGAAACACAGUUAUCACGGGAGCCAAGAACUUUCACGUGGAUAAAAUGCAUGUCAACCCCGAAAGCAAGACAAUAAAUCUGUUGAUCACCUUAGAUAAAGUUGUACUGAAGGGAAAAUACAACAUGAAUUUGAGGCUUGGAUUGCUUCUAAUCGACGGAGAUGGAGACUCGGUUUUAGAAAUCACUGACGUGAAAUUGCUGCUCAAAAUGCACUACUUCUUCGCCGAGAACAGCAGUGGACGUAAAACGAUGCAGUUCCACCCGAUAGAUGUUAAAAUGAAGUACGCCGGUACGGCCAAGUUCAAUAUGACCAACCUUUUGAAAGGAAAACCACGCCUAGGACAGGCUGCAAACGAUGCCAUCAACGAAAGCCCGGAUGUGAUAUUGGAGAAAACGAGGCAGCCGGUAGAGCAAUUCUUCUCCAAACUUUUCACCACGAUUGCCAAUGGACUGAUGAACGAUGCUGAAGAACAGGAAGCGUUUCCUCUGUGAUAUGUUUGCUAAUUGAUAGUUUGUUCACUACAUCCAGUUAUUUGGAAGCUGAAAGGAAAGCAUAGAAAUAAAUAUCACGAAUUUAGUUGAACGACGACUGCAGCGGUACA